AUGGGCCCCAAACAGGGGGGUCCACCAGGUGCGGGACCUGGCCCCGGAGCCCCAACGCAGCCCCAGGGACCCGGUUUGGGCCAAGCUGCCCGAAAGAACCUCCAGGUGGAUGUGGGUAGCAGCAGAAGUGGGCAUUCACCUGCUGUCUCACCAAUGGGCAGCGCACCCACCUCACCCUACUCUCUGCCUCAGAUUGCACCCAUGCCUAGCAGUAAGCUUUGCCCAGUGUGCAAGAGCGCAGAUCUGACGGGCACCAUGGACGGCCAGCCAAACUGCAAUAUCUGCACGCAGUGUCGCUCUGUGGUGUGCAACCAAUGUGGAUUUAACCCUAACCCGCACCUCACUGAGGUGCAAGAGUGGUUGUGUCUGAACUGUCAAAUGCAGAGGGCACUGGGGAUGGACAUGGAGACGCCACGGUCAAAGAGCCAGCAGCAGAUCCACUCGCCGUCCCAGCCUAGCAAACCUCAACCCCAGACUGGAUCACAACCCACAGUGCCCCCGCAGUCCCAGCCCCAACCCCAACCCCAACCUCAACCCCAGUCCCAGCCCCACCCAGAAGCAAAGAAGCAGCCCGUCCCCCAAGCUACCCCUCUAAGCAAACCUCCUGCUCCAGGUGCCAUCCCUCUUCCAGGCUUGGCCAAAGCCCCUUCCCAGCCUGACCUCUCUCGCUCAGGCCCCGGAGCACAGCCCCAGGUCCCGCGGCAGGACCAGACCCGCAGUGCCGGAAGCUCCCCAUCCCGUCAACCUCCUCCACCAGAACAACCCUUUGGGAAACUAUUUGGUUUUGGUGCUUCACUCUUGAACCAAGCCAGUAGUUUGAUAUCUGUGGAUCCCGUGCAAACUGCACCGCCAGCCCAACAACCUUCAUCCCCUAAGCCCCCACAGAAACAUCCGGGACCCCCUGGGCCUGGUCCAGCAGGGAGCACUAAACCUGCAGCCCAGCCCGGUCCACCACGGCAGGAUGCUGCUCCAAAGCCCAAAGUGUUCUGCCCACUGUGUAAGACUGAGCUAAACUUUGGGGAUCCAGCCAAGCUUCCAAAUUACAACCUCUGCACCCAGUGCCACACCCAAGUCUGCAACAUGUGCGGCUUUAACCCUACGCCUCACCUGACCGAGAAGAAAGAAUGGCUGUGUUUGACAUGCCAGACUCAGAGAGCGGUGUCAGGGAGCUUAGGGGAUAUUCCUCCUUCUGUGCCACCAUCCGUUGGAUCUCCGCGACUACCAUGCCCAGCCAAUCAACUGCAGCAGAGAGGACCCAGUCAGCAAGCUACGCUGAGACCUACCGGUCCUCAGCAGCAAAAGCCACCUGGUGCCCAAGAUUCCAACAAGUCGAGCACGCAGAGCCUGAGUGAUACAGGCUACUCCUCAGAUGGGAUAUCCAGCUCCCAGAGCGAGAUUACUGGAUUGAUCCAAGAGGACUCUGUGAAGCUAAAUGAGAGGGGAAUCUCAGACCAACGCAGCCCUCCAAGUCCAUCUGAGCUAACAAAAUUAGAAAGCUCAAUGCGACCUUUGUUGGAGUCACAUACAGGAACUGACCAGCAUCGUGAUGGAAAGGACACUGCAGAACAGAAGAGACCUCGAUCUCUCACUAUAUCAAAUGAUCAGGAAUUUGAGUCCGAUGAGGAAGCAUCAGAUGAUCUCAGCUGUAAAUUAAGACAUGACUAUGUGGAAGACAGCAGUGAAAGUGGCCUUUCUCCAUUACCAACCAGACAGAAAAAAUCACAGAAAGACUUAACAGAUGAAGAGUUCAUGAGGAGACAGAUUCUGGAGAUGAGUGCAGAUGAGGAAGAUAUGGCAGAGGUUGAGGGCCACUUAAAGACAAAAAAGAGCCAUAAACACAGUGGAGAUCUUGGAAAAGAGAGACGUCACCUCACACAGCAAUCUAGCAGUUUUGAGGAAGACGCUAAAAGCACUGAUAGCUCAUACAAGACAGGUGAAGCAGAUGACAUGAUGGCCUCACAAGGUGGUCUGAGACGAUUUAAAACUAUAGAGCUGAAUAAUACAAAUAGCUACAAUCGUGACAUGGAACUCAGCACAGAUCAUGACCUCAGGGAGCCUGAGCUUGAGAUGGAAAGCCUCACUGGGUCACCAGAAGAAAGAUCAAGGGGGGAAUACUCUUCAACCCUCCCAGCAACCACACCGAGUUAUAAUUCUGGCACCUCUCCAACCUCUGUGUCAUCAAUGGAAGAUGACAGUGAUAGCAGUCCUAGCAGAAGACAAAGGCUUGAGGAGGCAAAGCAGCAAAGGAAAGCAAGGCAUCGAUCGCAUGGCCCACUAUUGCCCACCAUUGAGGACUCCUCAGAGGAAGAUGAAUUGCGAGAAGAGGAAGAACUUCUGCGAGAGCAAGAAAAAAUGAGAGACCUGGAGCAGCAAAGGAUUCGCAGCACAGCCAGAAAAACUAAAAGGGACAAAGAGGAACUGAGGGCCCAGAGACGCAGAGAGAGGUCAAAGACGCCUCCAAGUAACCUCUCACCAAUUGAAGAUGCAUCCCCAACAGAGGAGCUUAGACAAGCGGCUGAAAUGGAAGAGCUUCAUAGAUCGUCCUGCUCAGAAUACUCUCCCUCCAUGGAUUCAGAGGCAGAAGGUUUUGAAAUGGGUUCAAAGCUUUACAAGUCUGGCAGUGAAUAUAAUCUACCUACAUUUAUGUCUUUGUACUCACCAACAGAGAAAACCUCUGCUGUCUCACCCUCUGCAGCAGAUAAAUCAUUAAAAAGUGCUGAAGAGGUUUAUGAGGAAAUGAUGCGGAAAGCAGAGUUGAUGCAAAAGCAGCAGCAACAGACACAAGGAAGACAAGGACAACAGGAAAAAGUCCUUAAGUCAGACAGUAAACAACAUUUAGAUUCUGGAACAACUUCUUUGAGUCCAGGUACAAGUCCUACCCAGAUCUCAGCUCCGGUCACAUUCUCUGGAAAUGACCCUGCAGGACGAGGGACACAAAGGGUGCAUGGGAGUCAUUCACAACAAAGUCAAGUUAGAAUGAGCACCCAAACCUCUAAAGUAGGCCACAGUACUGGUACCCCACAGUCUCAGAUUAGGCAGCCUGCUCCUACACAGUCUCAAGGAAGACCUGGUGUUCAGGGUACAGCACAGGGUCAAGUGCCUGAUCCUGGGGCAUCCUCUUUAACAUCAAAAAUGUUCUCAUAUUUCAAAGGCUCAAGUCCUUCCACAUCCCCUUCUACUUCCCCCACACAAAGUCCCACUCAUUCCCCUGUACCUACUUCCACGGUGGCACCCACUCCAACCUCUCAGAUACCUCAUAGAGCUGGAGCACCACGGCUUGCAAGACAGCAGUCCUCCCAAGAUUCCCCUGUUAUGGUGAUUACAUUAGAAUCAGGAACCAGCAGUCAACCCACCAAACCAGUGACUGUGAAUUCCUCCACCUCACCUUUAUCCUCACCAACAAAAGACAGCCAACAGACAAUUUAUCAUACUACAACAAAGUCGCCCAGAUAUCCACAGAAAUAUCCAGCCCACCCAUCACCUCAACAUAGGGCACAGAUAUCAGAGCGAGUUAGUGUGGCUGUAAGCACUGCCACCUCUUCUGGUUCCAAAAGCAGUGGAUUUCUUCCUGUGGGAAACAUAUCCUUGUGUAGAAUCUCCACAGUCCCCGGUACCUCAAGAGUUGUGGAGCAAAGCACAAUUGUCCCUGGUAGUAAUAUAGUUGAUCUUAGAGCACCAGUGAAGCCUGCCCCAAUCAUCAUGACAGACCAGGGUAUGGAUUUAACAUCUCUGGCUUCUGAUACACGAAGGUACUCCCUUGAUGGAGAAACACCCCAAGGUUGUCAUACUGCUGUACAACCCCUUAUCAUGAACCUAAAUGCACAGGCACAACCUCAGGUGACAACAACUACACCAACAACAGUUAGUGUGACUGUGGCAGCAUCAAUGUUCAUAUCACAGCCAAAGCAACCAGUCAUUUAUGGAGAUCCAUUGCAAAAUAGAGUUGACUUUGGUCAAGGAGUUGGAUCUGCAAUAUGUCUUACCCAGACCAGACCACUGAUCGCAGAUCCAUCCAUUCCAAAAAUUGAUGCAUGUCUGGAAAAUCUAGGCAUCCAACAGCAGCAACUUCAGAAGCAGCAACAGAAGCUUCAGCAUCAACAAGAGCUCCUUGAGCAACAGCUCCAGCAGCACCAGCAAAAUGCUUCUUUUGCUAGGUUCAACUUGGCUAAUCAAGUCCAACCAAUAUUGCUGAAAAAGGACUUGGUGGUAAGCCAGAGCACAGGUGGAGGUACACAAACAGUAGUCAGUUCCAUUCCUAAGAUUUCUCCGCUACCUCCACCACAGUCAUCAUGCUCUGCAUCUUCCACCCCUACACUUGGUCAUGACAUAUAUGGCGGGGUAGCUUUGGAACUAAAGAAUAAACCUGCUGUAAUGAAUCUCUCCACAGGGAAGCCCCAAGUAAUGAUGGUGCAGUUGGAUGAGAAUAAUGCUCAAGGAGGAACAGUGACUCAGGUUGUUAAAAGAGAGGAGCCUCCCCCACCAGUAGAGGUCCUAGAUCUUACAGGACAGAUUAAACAAGAGAAUCAGUUAGCUUGUUGUGAUGUUGUAUAUAAGUUGCCAUUUGCUGGUAGUUGUACAGGUCCUUUUGCUCAGAGAAGUAAGACAACACCCUCAGAGGCUCAUUUAUCUGCAGAGCCAUCUCAAGCUCCUGGGCAGCAAAGCCAACCUGGAACAAAUGGCUACCAAACAGAAAAUAUACAAGGGGCAGCAGUUGAGCGCAAAGCUUUUACCUUGCCUCCUCCAGGACGACUUCCACCAUCAAUGUCAGACAACAAUCUAGCGUGUUCAGGUCUCCAAUAUUACCAGAGGAAUGAUGCUGGGGACCUAGCAGUGGAUUUAAGCACUAUGAAGCAAGCCUAUGAAGCAGGAUAUUUGGGAAUGGGCACCCAGUAUGGAUCUUAUACAGAUCUACGACAUCAAGGAGGUGAUUCAGCUCCGCCAUUACCUUUGCGAAGAUAUGGUUCGAUGUCCAAUAUCAAUGCAGAGUAUGGUUAUCCUUCUCGUGACCUUGGUGGUUUUCAAGAAUCCAACCUUGCACAGUACAGUGCCACUACAGCCAGAGAGAUUAGCAGAAUGUGUGCUGCUCUUAACUCCAUGGAGCAGUUUGGUAGUCGUUACACCAGUAAUCCUGACCUUCUGCAGUACAGCGUUGAGAGAGGAGGCCCUGCAGCUAGACUUAACCUUCAACAAGGCCUAGCAUCUAUUAGAGCCAACCUAAUGUAUGGUCCCGAUGGCAGACCCACAGUACACAGUCAAACACUAACAAAUCUAAUCAAUGCUAGACAAGCUAGCCUAAGAUCUUUAUAUCCCUCUGCUGUAAGGACAGCUGAUGGCAUGAUAUACUCUACUAUUAACACCCCAAUAGCCUCCACCCUGCCAAUCACCACCCAGCCUGCCCCUGUCCUUAAUCCCAUGUUAAGAGGAGUAUAUGGACCUUACCCUUCAAGCAGCGUAACUGCUGUACCUCUGGCUAGCCUCACCAGGUUGCCUCAAGUCACCCCAAGAAUGCCUCUUACUGCCCAAGGACCUUACAGAUAUCCUCCUCCAAAUCGUUUUUCAACAACAGUUCCAGACACUUCCUUGGGAGGUGUGCCACCAACUAGUACCUCCCUGGAUGCUCCAGUUUACCUGGGGAAGCCUGCAACACCUACCAGUUUGUCAACAAAUGCAUCAACAAAAACUGGUCAACCUGUUUCAAAUUUAGGUAUGCAAAGUGUACAGCCAACUCAGACUAGUGCAGUGCCAGUCCAAUCAGUUGUAAAUGAACAGGCUCCCUUGGCUCAUAUUUCAGCAGAAGGUACUACAGCACAACUCCAAAUGCAAACACAGUCCCAACCUCAACCACAGUCAUUAGUCAGAGGUCAGGAACAAUCUCAAGCUCAAUGCCAGCCUCAGACACAACCCCAAAUAGUAAAAGUGCCACAAAAACAGGCCCAGGCAAUUACCAGAGUCUUUCCAGAUAUGGGUGCUAGUACAACUAUUACCACAUCUGCUAAUAUUGAGAAGGAAAAAGAGGAGGAACGAUUGCACUUACAACAGGAGCAACUCUUGCAGCUAGAGCGAGAACGUGUUGAGUUGGAGAAACUGCGUCAGUUGCGUCUACACGAGGAGUUGGAAAGGGACCGCUUAGAGCUCCAGAGGCACAGAGAGAAAGAACAUUUGCUUAUGCAGCAGGAGAUUCAAGAAUUACAGAACAUCAAACAGCAAGUUAUUCAUCAGCAGCAGGCUGAAAGAGAAACCCAGUUGGUGAUGCAAAGAGAGCAGCUUGCACAGCAGAGGAUGCAGCUGGACCAAAUUCAGUCCCUUCAACAACAGCUCCAGCAGCAGCUUGAAGAACAGAAGAGGCAGAAAACAGCAGCCAUUGAAGCAGCAGCGGUGGCAGCAGCAGCAGAGGCGGCGGCUGCUUCAGCAGCUGCUGCAGCAGCAGCUACAACAGCUCAAGGUGCCAUUCAAGGUGUGAAGGCUGGUGGAGCUACACCUCAAACGAUCUCAAUUAUCUGUGAUCAGAGUGGUAGAAUUAUUCCACAAGAGGGCCAGAGUGUGCAGAUCUUGCCUUGUGCUGAUGGGCAGGUGGUCCAGGCAGUGGUGUCCACAAGGCCUUUGCCCAGCUCUGCCUCAGAGAUGUCCCUCAAGAAUAAUGAAGAUAAUGGAGAUGGCCGGAUUAUGAAGAAACAAAACUCUAUGCCCCGUUUGAAAAAUGGGUCGGAGGAUGAGUCAGUCAAGAGAAUUGCAGAUUGCAGUGUCCAAACUGAUGAUGAAGAUAUAGAGGACAAACUCAUGUCUCGUCGCCGUAGAACUAGACGUAUAGCUGACUGCAGCGUUCAGACAGAUGAAGAGGACCAGGGUGAGUGGGACAGUCAACCAAUACGCCGCAGACGGUCAAGAUACACCAAACACUCUGAAUCUAGUGCAGAGAAUAAGAAUGAUGCAUCCAAAGUAUCUAGCAUUGCCAUUCAGACCACCAAUGACUCCUCAUGUCAAACUGAGUCAGACCAGUUGGGCAGAAUAUCUCCAGCCAUACACAUCACCAUGGCUGAAACAUCAAAGGUUGAACUACUUCACUACAUAUCUGCUCCAGAAAGAACCCACAAGGGAGAGAGUUUGGCCUGUCAAACUGAUCCAGAGGCACAAUCCCAAGGAGUGGUUGUUCCUCAGCUGAGUGUUCCCACUACUGUCAGCCCCUAUUCCACUAGUUUACAAUUAGUUGGUGCCACUUCAACAAAGUUUGAAAGAAGAAAGCCAGACCCAUUAGAUAUUGGAUACCAACAGCAAUCUAAGCAACAGAGUGAAUCUCCAUCCCGUCAGCCACCCAAAUCUCCACAAGUGCUGUACUCUCCAGUGUCUCCAUUGUCCCCCUAUCGUAUGUUGGAGACUACCUUUGCCUCCAGUGAGAAACUUAACAAGGCACAUGUAACUCCCCAACAAAAAGCCUUCUCUGCAGAGUCACCGCAGAGACAUCAGACUAUUCCAAGGCCCAUAAAGAGUGUUCAGCGGUCCAUGUCAGACCCUAAACCUCUCAGCCCAACAUCAGAGGACCCAGCCAAGACCAAAUUCUCCCUAUACCAAAACCAAGCCAGCCUAGGAAGCCAGAUGUCUGCCCUGCAGCAGCAGAACGCAAUGAUGAGAAAGGUGAAGAGAACUCUCCCCAGCCCCCCUCCAGAUGAGACACCUGUACCGAUUGUAACUCCAGCAAUGCCCCAUGUAUACAGCUCCCCUGGAGCAUCCCAGAGGGUUUUGCCACGUCCUGCACAGGGUGCCAUGAAGGCGGGAUUGCUGAGUGAACUGAAAGCUGUGGAACAAGAGUCCACCAAGUUACGUAAACAGCAGGCAGAGUUAGAGGAGGAGGAGAAGGAAAUUGAUGCCAAGCUACGUUGCUUGGAAAUGGGCAUCACCCAGCGCAAGGAAACCAGGGUUAAAGAUAAAAAGAGGCGAGAGUUGGUGUACUUGCGAUACAUGGGGGAUGCCCGUGAUUACAUGUCAGAUAGUGAGCUGAAUAAUUUGCGACUAGCUGGGGUUGCAUCAGGCACCUAUGAAGAAAAUAUGCUGUUGUCACGCCCCGGUACAGCUCCUCUCAACCAGUUUACGUCUGAUUUGAAUGCAUCUCAGUACCCUCCUACUUCCUCAUACAUUCCAUAUCAAUAUCCACAGACCCAGCCCACACCUACACAACCACCCACUGCACCGUACCAGCAGAUUGGGUUUCAGCCAUCACAGUACUCAACCUCCUCACAGCCCCAGCCUGGGACCUUCCAGCCUCAUCCUCCUCAACCCUCAUCUUACCAAACCCAGGGGCCAUACCAGACUCAUAGCUACGGUCAGUCUCCUUAUGAGUCUGACCUUGGUUUGCAGCAGCCCAGUCACCAGGGCUUCCAACAACACACUGCACCUUUACCAGGCCACACCCUACCUUAUCCUAGCCAGGGCAUGUCCUUUCAGCCCCAAGCUGACAUGCUUUCUGUCCAUCAAAGGCCAAGGCAAACUUCGCUUGCCGAUCUUGAACAGAAGCUACCCACAAACUAUGAAGUGAUCAGUAAUCCUUCCAUUCCAAUAGCAACAUCAGCACAAGAGACUGGAUUCAGUGGUGCCUAUUCCUCACCACUGAACAAUGCUUAUGGUCAGUAUCGCCCCUCUGACCAACCUAUGAAUGAACGAAUCCCAAGUCCAUCAUCAGGGUAUGUAACCGAUGGUGUAUAUGCCACAAAUCUAGAGCAGAAUAUCCCCAGAAAUUAUGUCAUGAUUGAUGAUAUCAGUGAACUGACAAAAGAAAAUAUGGGGUCCUCUGACAUGUCGCGAGUAGGUUAUGGAAGCGAGAAUGGCCAACGUGGACCAACCUAUGGAGAUGGGUCCGAGAAUGUAUAUGGAAGAAAUACAAACACCUAUCAGGGUGCAGUUGACAGCCAUGGACAUCCAAAUGCAGUUGUGAGUGGUGGGUCUGGUUAUUACUAUGAUGACUACAAGCAUUCUUCUCGCAGCAGUGGGGGAAUGAGCAGCCAGAAGCACUCCUCCAAAAAUUUGGCUCCUGCUGUUUCGUCCAAGCGUAGCAAGCAUAGGAAGCAGGGCAUGGAGCAAAAAAUAUCCAAGUUCUCUCCAAUUGAAGAAGCUAGAGAUGUAGAGUCUGAUCUAGCCUCCUACACCAUGACAACAUCAACAGGUGGUAGCUGCACAGUUGUGACCAGGAUGGGCAUGAAGAAGAGCUAUGAUCAGCAGAAGUACUAUGGGUCAAGAGAAGCAUUGGAAGAGGAUGAUCGUCUAUAUGGUUCUGGACGAUCAAGGUCCACAGGUUAUGGAAUGGAUAAGAUUUCCUCUAGAGACUCAGGUGGCUACCGAAGUAAGUCAUAUGAGAGGGAUGCCAUGGAGCGUUCACAGAGAGGCACCUAUGGUCGUAGUGGCCGUCCUUCUAUGCGUACGCAGAACUCGGAGGAAGAGAGCCCUCUCAGUCCCGUCGGAAAGCCCAUGGGUAUUGGUCGUGGCUCUGUGCCAGAUCCUCAUGAUGGACGAAAUCAGUAUGGCUCCAGCCAUUCCUUACCAGAUGUUCAGGACCAUCAUAUGAGGGAUAUGCCUAAGAGUCAUGUAUAUAAGCCGGAUGACCCUUACCUUGCAGAUGACAUGCACUGUGCUGUUUCAGACAGUGAAGCCUAUCAUUUGGGUCAGGAGGAGACAGACUGGUUUGAAAAACCACGUGAAGCUCGGUCAGAUCGCUCAAGACACCAUGGGAGUGGAGGUCAUUCAUCCUCUAGCCGGAGGAGCAAUGUUAAGCACACGUACCAUGAUUAUGAUGAGCCCCCUGAGGAAGACGUGUGGCCUCAAGACGAAUAUGGUCAUCAGCGGCAUUCCGCAUCCACUUCAUCUCGAGAACACCGUCACCAUGGAAGCAGCUCAGGAAGACAUUCUUCUUCCCGACAUACCUCAGAUGAUCCCAGGUCGUCACGUUCUUCACGGUCACAUCCAAAAGAUCCUUCCGCUCGUGCCGAGAGCCGCGCUAGCUCAUCCACCUCACAGAAAAGAUCCUCAGAUCCACGAUCUGCUGGCCACCGAGACUCAGGAGACUACUCCCGUGAUCCACCAGGCCACCACCAUGGCUCCAGUGGACAACGGGGGGAGAGGCAACCAGGUCCAUCCAGGAGGCAGGAGCCCUCUUCAGGUUCCAGGCAACAACAUGGUCUAGGAGAGCAGCAGGCACCAUCUCAGCAAGGACAGCAGCAGCGACAGCAAGCAUCUGGCAAGCCGACAGGGUCUCAGCCACCUGAGGGAGGUCAGCAAGGUCAACAACAUCUGGGGCAAACAACCCGAACUCAACUGCCACCACCACAGCAACCUGGACAACAGCAGGCGGCCAUGAUGGCAGUGACUCAGCCCACCACCACAGCUGCAGGAACAGGAGCAAGUACAACUCAGCAGCAAACUAAGCCAGGUCAGGCUCCAGCACAGGCAAGACAACAACCAGUAGGACCUCCCACUGCCCAGCCAGCUGCUACUAUGGCAAAACCUGACACAGCUGUGCCUGCUCCCACACCAACUCCUGUAGUUGCUAUUGGGUCAAAAGCCACACCACAGCCUGCAAAACCACCCCAGAUUCCCGCCACAGGAAUUGGUUCAAAAGCAGCACCCCGGACAGGGGGGAUAGGCAGCGCUGCACAGCAGCCCGCCGAAGGGGAGAAUGUUCUCACAAAGAUCCUGCAGGGAGGAGCAGCAGAACAAGCUGGAAAAUUAGGAGAUGCUGUAUCUGCUCUCGGGAAGAAGUUUACUUCGUUUUGGUGAUCUGCUGACACUAAGGCAUUAGUUGAGGGUGACUUGGAGGGUUAGAACUGGAAAAACCUACAGAUCUGUUUCUGCCUUUUAACAUCUUUAGCUGAAGGCGGGGUACACCUGAGGACACUUAUGUUUCACACGAUGUUGAUGUAUCAAUGAAAACUUCUAUCUAUCAGAUGACAUCUGCACAACCAACCAACAAUGGAGGCUGAAUAUCUCUCCCAAAAUGAUUCCAUAGUUGCUGAUGAAGCAAUUAUAAUUCCCAAAAUGCCAAACUUCCUGUUCUUUUUGAGGUUUUUCCAGACAAUUAUAUCUUCCCUUAAAUAACACUUCUGUGCUCAGGUGUCCCUCCCUAUUCUCUAAGCAGUAUGAAGAGGUAAGAGACAGCCACAGUUCUUAGAUUUUUGCAGUCCUAAUGAAGACGUCUACACCCAGACUCUAAGAGACAGUAGCAGUGAAGGAGAACGACUACCUUACAAAGGCUUCAAAUGAACAAUGCCUCUGUUAUUCUCUUUAAAAAAAAAUGUAUGCUCGAUUUCUAAGAUCUUGACAUUCCAAUAUGGCGAUGAUUGACCCUCUCUAUGAAUGUUUUCGUUUCUUCCUUAACCUUUUUGUCAUGUGUGUUAAUGAAUGCAAAUGUGUAAACCGUGGACAUGGAAUGCACGCACAAAAAAAUAUAUGUAUACAUAUAUGAUAUAAAUAUAUAUGAAUCCAUAUCUAGACACCGUUUAUAAGCGUCUCUAAGGGUGAAGCCAUGUGCACCUUGCGUAAAAAGCUGGUACUUUAAUGUAAAGGUAAUAAAUAUUAGUCAAGUCCAGAGGUCAGUAAUAGCAGAAUGUUAGUCGUUUUAUCAACCAUUAAGCCAUUACCACUCUAUUACAGAAUUUCUUUAGUUUCUGGUUAUUUUAUUUUACAUUUGUAUUUUUUAUUCAUUUUAUUUUUAUUUAUUAGUUUCAUAUAAGUUUUUGCCUAAUUUUCUUUUAAAUUAAGAGCCUUACUUUACAACUUUUUUUACUUGUAUACCUCACAUAUUUUUUAAAAGUUCCAUAUCAUCCUUACUUGAUUUAUUUUGCACAACUGUAUACUGCUGAAUAUGUACAGUACAUAUCUCUCAUUAACACUCUGCUAAUGCAAGAUACUGAUUUGUGUAUUUAUGGAUUUAUAUUUCUGGUAUUUGUUUAAUGUUUGGUAUUAUUAUAAUUAAUAUUAUUUAUACUUCAUUUUUUCUCAUCAUUAUUGGUAAUUUAAAAUAAUAUGUGUUUUGUUUUGUUUUUUAUAUAUAUUUUGUUGUUUCUUUUUUUAAGCAAUAGCAUGCUAAUCUGUACAGAGCACAAUAAUUUUGUCGUUAAAAGUGAUCCAAAGGCAUUCAAGUUCUACUAUCACAGAUCUGUGACGUUUACCUGUCUUACGUAGACAGGUAAAAUAAACUCUAAAAACCCCAAGAAAACUACUCUAUUACCCUCUCCCACAUACCUACAGAUACAUAUUCCCAAAACCACAUUUACCAGUACGCAAAUACACCUAGGAAGAGGGUUUGAACUACUUUCAGAUGUUCUAUGCAAUAAUCCAUGUAAAAGCAUUCUGCGACAUCCCUUUCCGAUGCGUACUUUAGAUUCAGUUACGAAUAGGGACAUGUUUGUAUUUAUCUUGUGUGUAUGAAAAUAUCAAAGUACUAGAUUGAUUUCUUUUUAUUUAAGUGGCAUGUUUAUGAAAGCCCUCGUCUUCCCUAAUUUUCAGGGAAUCUGUUGCCAAAGGGUUUACUUUGUGGACUGUUGGUCUUGGGACAUCCACCAUCUCUGUUGCUUGUGGCAUGAAUUUGCUCAGCUCUCUUUGGCUCCUUGUUGUACUGUCAUUCUUGUCUGCAGUGUGAUCGGGUGUUCAGCUGGGCACACAGCUUAUGCACUCGUUAUUCCGUCUCCUAACACAGGAAAUGCUGUUUAGACCCGUAUUCGGUUCAGGAAUUCAUGUGAUCUGUUAUUGCAUCCACACUGAAUUCAGAGUUCACAUUUUCGUGUUCACAUUUUCAUAUUCAACUGGUCUUUGUGUAUUGUGUAUCUUAUCAUUGAAAGGUUCUGCCAAUGUUCUGUGACCUUGACAAAGAAAACAGACUUCUAAUGGGAAAUAAUGAGUAUUAUUACAAUAGUAGAAAACAGAGCUGUGCUGGUUAGAUCAUAAAAACACGGCUAAAUCUGAACAUGAACAUUUCCUAAAGUAAGUCUCGUAUGUCAUUACACUGCAAAACAAUUUUAAAUAAUUAUUUUAGUCUUGUUUUUUAGUAAAAAUAUCUAAACAUCCUUAAAACAAGAUAAAUUUAAUAGAGAAGCAAAAUUAUGGAAGAUAAUAAGACUUGUUUUCAGAGAAUAUAUCUUGAAAUAAGUAUGUUUUUCAUAUCCCAUUGGCGAAAUGUUUUAAGUGUAAUCCUCAUUACAUUUUGUUAUAUUUAUGCUAAAACAACAAAAUAAACAAGGGCUGUCUAUUUAACAAGUUAAUUCAGUGCAAAUAAUUAUCUAAAAACUAAAGCGUUUGAAAAAAAUGUAUGCAAUUAACCAUGCCUCCUGAUGCUUCUGGAAAUUCCAUAAUAAAAGUAUGUACCACCUGAGCAAUUCAGGCUUGAAGUGCAUGUAACUUCAUGUUUUACGAGCCGCGUCAGCAGUGGGCAGUCAGCGCCUCAACAAACCUCAAACCAACGCUUUACAGAAUGAGACCCAGGAUGCGUUCUUGACAGCUGGAUGAAGCACAACAGAAUGCAGGGAUUUCAUGAUGCUAUUUUCAUAGUUUCAACUAGCUGUAGACCGAUAUAUCGGUUUUACCGAUUAAUCUGUGUCGAUAGUUGAUCUUUGGAACUAUCAAAAGAUAGUUUGUUUUAUUCCUCUGUGCUCCUCUGAAAAUUACGUUUUUUAAAUUGAAGCGAGGGCAUGCAAAUAAAAAUGUGACUAUAUAGAAAUGUCCCUCGUCAGCACAAACAUUGUGUCUCAAACUUCAUAUUGUGAAUAACAAUAAUAUAUAGGCUAUAAAAAGCUUAAUUUGGUAAAUAUUAAAUAUAGAGCAUUGGAACGGAGCCAAGUCAACAUAAUUUCAAAAUAAGAGUCCCUGGUGUGUUUCAGGCUCGUUUAGUGUUAAAAGUCCCAUGUUAUGCGCCCAAUCUUCUUUUUUUCUGAUUAUUAUUGGGAUUUUGGUUGAAAAAUAAACUAAAUCUGGGAUUUUAUUCAUUUUAGGCUCUGGCCUCUAUGUCUGUGCUGACUAAGAAAAUGUUGUAACAUUCUAUGAAUUGAUUUUAAAAACUAUCGGCCGAAUAAUCGGUUACCGGCCUUUUCCACCACCUAAGUUAUCGGUAUCUGCAAAACCCGACUUUUAGUUUAAACUACUUUUAACUGGACACAACGUCCUAAAAAUGUGCCGUUUAAAAACGAUAUCAGACGCAUAUGUACAUAGACCGACCACAUAAUUAAAAAUAGCGCAGACAACGCAAGAGUGCGUUUUGUUAGAACAGGACAGAUUGAUGAACUCAACUGCAAAAUGGAUUGAUGUCAACUGUAGGUUUAUUUUCAAUGAUAUGGGAAUAAAACUAAAAAUAUUUUGACUUCAAAAGCUACAUUUUUGUCUAAUCAAUGCUUUACUUGUCUGCCACAAUAAUGCAAUAUAUUUCAAUCUGAAUUAUAUUUAUUACAUAUAAGCCUAUAUAUUAUAUUUAUAAUUAUCUAAAUUAUUAUAUAUUUUUUAUAUUAAAUUCUUUAUUUGGGGACCUUUCUCAGCAGAUAUUGAUAUAUGCGAUUAAUUGCAAUUAAUAUGAUUAAUUAAUCGGAAUGUCAUGUAAAUAGUUAUUUUAGAAAUUUUAAUCCAUUGACAGCCCUAAAAUUAGCUUGGUUUUAGCAUAAACCUCACUAAAUUGUGUUAGAUUUAUGCUCAAAACAAGAUAAUACACUUAUUUCAAGAUAUAGUCUCUGAAAACAAGUCUUAAUUUCUUAUACAAUUUUGCUUCUUGUUUGAGAUAUUUUUAUUUGAAAACAAGACAGAGAAAAUGGAUUAAGAAAUCAGAAAGGAACCAGUGUUUUGGAAAAUGUUCAAGUAAACUAGCCAUAAACUGCGAGAGAUUAUGUAGCAUGACUUUCACCUCCAUGCCAUUCAUAUGAAAAUCAGGGCAUGCACGCUGAAAGCACAAAUUAUGUUCAUCACCAUUUCCGUUAGGUGGGACCUCUCUCAUUUGAAUACGUUUGAAGGUGCAUUGGGUAGAGGCGAAUCUUUUCCUUUUUGAUACUGAAAUGCUGAUUAGGCAAUCAGAACUCUAUACUGAAGAAUGAUAACUCUUCUUACAUCACUGUUACCAUGGAGAUAUACAAUAACAAGUGCAUGAGCCAAAGUUGCCACCACAACAGCUGGCCACAGUAAUAGAUAAAAUACACAAACACAGACAUAUCCACACAAACAGGCAUGUGCACGCACAAACACACAGUUACACACACACAUUCACAGACUAACUGUCGCUGUAAAUACUGACUUUGGUUAUUUUGUACAGUGUUGAAAUAUUAUGAGUGAAAUGAUGGCCGUCUUGUGCAAUUUCACGCCGGCCUUGCCGCCAACCUUUUGUGCUUUUGUGUAUAAAAGAAUAAUGAUGAUUAUUGUUAUUAUUAUGAGAAAAAAAAAAUCAUUGUAUAUGUUGCUGGCUCUCAAUGACUGUUGACUACAGUGGGGGGGGGGGGGUGAAUCUUACAAUUAGAAAAACAUAUGGUCUGUGUAGGGUUUCUAUACAUAUUGUGUUUGUUAAAACUCAAUUGAAAAAUAUUUAAGUGGCUUCCAACAUGACUGUGCCAGAAGAGAGGGUUUAGAGUGAAUAAGAAUAUAUGUAUUGCAAAUUAAAUUGGGAUAUGAAAAACAAUGUAAAAUAGGCAACCAAAAAACAAAAACAAAAAAAUAAAUAAAUAAAAAAAUAAAACAAUCUCACGACUGAAAAGAUUCACUCACUGUUGAACUGUAAGUGCAAUCAGCUAAAUGUGAGUCCAGUAUUCAUUGUGAAAUAUUGUGUUCUUUUCAAUGUAUUCCUGUUAAAAAGAUAAAUUUUGGUGCAUCAUGUCAUGUAAUGUGAUGAAAAUAAUGAACCUACAAUUUGUUUCCAGACUGGAGAAGAAUAAAAACAAAAAAUAAAAUUUA